AUGGUCACAACCAGGCCCCAAACAUUAGUCGGCAAAGUCGCUAUUGUGACAGGCGCAACGAGAGGAAUCGGCGCCGGACUGGCUGAAGAAUUGGCCUGCCGAGGAGCUAAAGUUUUGAUAACAUAUUCAUCAUCCAGCAGCGGACCCAUCGCGGACCAAUUAAUCGAGCACAUCAAAGGCUUCACCAACGGUGCAAGUGCAGCCAAAGUCCGCGCCGACCUCCGCGAACAACCCGCCGGACAGACGAUUGUCGAAGCGUCGACCCAAGCGUUCGGUCCCCACAUCGAUAUCUUGGUUAACAACGCCGGUGUGGAACUAGUGAAGUCCAUUUCGGAUCUCACGGUGGAAGAUUACAACCUCGUCUACGACCUGAACGUCCGCGGCGCCAUCUUUUUAACACAGGCUGCUCUCCCGCAUCUGCGUGCGCCCGGCCGGAUCAUCAAUAUGAGUUCGAUCGGUGCACGGGCGGGAUUCGCCAAUCUGUCGAUAUAUUGCUCGUCCAAGGCCGCCUUGGAGGGCUUGACGCGGUGUUGGGCUGCGGAGUUGGGCGAUGCCGGGCAUACGGUGAAUGCUGUUAAUCCGGGGCCGGUGCAGACGGCUAUGCUGGAGAAUAUUCCGAAGGAGUUGGUGGAAAUGCAGAAGUCUGUAACGCCGGUGGAGCGUCGGGUUGGGACGAUUGACGAUGUUGCGCAGGUUGUGGCGUGGCUUGCUUCCGAGGAGAGUCGAUGGGUUUCGGGGCAGGCGAUUGCCGCUUCUGGGGGGUACGCGAUGUAUUGA